AUGGGGCAAAAGAAGGAUGUGUUUAUAUACAAGUAAUUAAAAUUUUAAAAAUUCUUUUAUUAUGAGAACAGUCUUAAAGAAUAAUCCAAUCAUCUAUUCAAUGUAAUUUUUAAAUAAUAAUUUUGACUUUUUAUCUAAUAGAUCCUUUUUUAAAAAAAAAAUUUUGUACAAAAAAAACAACAAAAUUUACAAUUCAGAAUUAAAAGUUACAAUAAAAAUAAUUUUCUAGCCCAAAUCAGGCUGCUCAUUUUUUAGAUUCAUUUUUAAAUAUUCAUUUGUUAAAAAAAAAAAUUCUUUAAUGUCAAUACAUCAUCUCAAAGUUUCAAUCAAUUUAUUUUGCAAAGGUUUCUGUGUAAGGAUACAAUUGAGGAGAAAAUAGUGGCAUUACAAGAAAAAAAACUCCAAUUAGCAAAAUCUGUUCUUUCAGGGUAUGUGAAUUGUCAGAUCAAAGAUUUAAUUUAAGUAAAAAAAAUUUUAUAACAUAAAUUAAGCUUGAUAUGACAAACUCUGAUGCCGUUGACUAUUUUGAUUUAAUCUUUUCAUUAUUUUCAGUAAGAAAGAAUUUUCAGUUUAAAUAGGCUAUAGAAUAUAGACUUUGUUUUUCUAUUUAACUUUAAUUUAUUCGUAAUAAACCAAAAUAAAUUAUUUUAUUUCCCCUUACACUUUUUUUUCUUCUACAGUGCCGAAAGAAGUAGCCAGAAAUUGACUUUGUCUGACUUACGAUCUCUUUUUGGAGUAUAA